CCAAAAUUGAAAUUGAAUAUCUUUUAAGUUUUUUUUUAUCAGUACUAGUGGAAGGUUAUCAUUAUCCUCAAUGAAAAUUGAAAAUUACUGCAUAAUCCACUGAGCGCCGACUGCUUCACUCAUCUUUCGAAAAAAAGCCACGAUGUUUAAAGGAUUUUUCUCCAAGUAUCGAAUGUUUUAUUGUGCACAUAUUCCCGGCAUCACUAGCCUCAAUGCGUACGAUAAGACGGAGGUAGAAGAAGAAUUAGAGCCGAAAACCGGUGUCGAGCGUGUGAUUACCGCAUUUCAGAAAGACAAAAACGGUGAACUGAAAAAAGAGGUCGUCUCUGCGAUACAAAUCUCCACCGGAAGCGGAAUCAUGUUGGGAUUUUAUGGAGGUUUCAAGUAUUCAAAGUUUGCAUUUGAAAACUGGGUCACAGUCCAUUCCACCACUCGAUUUCGUACCGGUUAUGAAGCUAAGCGAGCCUUGAACGACCACAUUAUGGUGGAAUUUUGUAAACAUUUUUUCAUUUAUGGAGCUAAAGGAUUCAUGUUCAGUUCAAUUUUGAUGUUCACGAUAAUUGCUGUUUCCGCUUUUCGCAAUAAAGAUGGUUUUUUGGAAUACACCAGUGGAGGAUUGGUUGCUGGAAGUUUGAUGCGAAUUAAUUAUGGAUUGAGAGGAAUGAUUUCUGGAGCAACUGUUGGUGGUGUGCUAGGCACAGUCACGGGUUUGGCUGCGAAUCUGUUAAUGAAACUUGGUAACUUCACUCUCAAUGAUGUUAGAGAAUGGCAGUAUGACAUUCAAAAAAAGAGAUCGGAAUUGUAUAAACAAGGACGAAGUAAGAUGGCCGAUGAAGAAGAUGUAAUAAGCCGUUCUUUAAGGCAUUAUACCACAAGAUUAACGCAGGUCGUCGACAACGAAGAUGACGACGGCAGUGAAAAGGUGUUUGUCUUGGUAAAGGAAGAAGAGAAAUCUGGUGUGAGCGAUGGCAUCCCUUCGAAGAAUUAGGGGCUCGUGGUAAAUGAAAAAUCAUUUGAAAUACUCAUUGUUUCGAAAUCGCGACAACAUUGUGAAUAUUUUUAGCAAACUAUUUUGUUGCUAAUUGCUAUUAAUUUUAAUUGCGUCGAUAUUUCCAUCUAGUGUUGUGUUUUGAUGCCUAAGAAAACGGAGAUAGGUUUUUAUACAACAUCUUACUUCUAUUGUAAAAUAGGUAUAUUUGUGUGGAGUAGACAAUCCUGGAGAAAACGUACAGAGGAGAUCCAUAAACUGCAGUUUUAUAGUCAGUCACCAUGUUAUUUAAAUUUGUAUAUGUUUUUCUAAUACAACUGUAAUAUUUGUAUUAAAACAUUGUCAGCGUA